AUGACCAUCACUGUGGAUCUAUUUGGUGAGGCGGAUUGCAAUGAUGGCGAGGGGCACAUGUGGUCCGCCGAUGUUGCGAAAUUCACUGAAGUGCCUGAAGUGCCGCGUGUGUUUGCCGAUUCUCAGCAUUACAUUACUUACACCACAAAAAAGGGCAACUCUCUGAGGGUGGUAAAGCGCUUGAACCUUGCCAGAGGCACUGUGCGUGGCCACACAACACCAAUUCAUUCCGUUCGCUUUGUAAAUUAUCGAAGCAACGUCGCAGCGUCUGCCAGCAAGGGGGAGUUUUUCGUUUGGGUUGUGACAGACAGCGGGGAGGGAGGAACCGGGCGCCCUUCAGCUGAUGCAGAGCUUACAAUUAACAUGUACUUUAGGCUCUCCGACCCCGUCACCAUUUCGUGCUUUUCAUUCUUUAUUAAUGCAGAAAAUAAGCGGCCUGACGUAUUGGUUCUGCACGACCAGCAGGCGAGCAUCCUUGAUUCCUCCGCCCUCAUUGCGCUAUACCGUGACACCCCUCUCACUGCGACGCUUAAGCAGAACAGCACGGCUCUGCGGAAGUUGGCUAGUAAUGUUACUGCAAAUACUCUCUGCUCUGUGGGGUCAGGUGGCUGGUUUGCCUUCACUACGGAUUCAAAUAUGGUCGCUGCUUGCACUUUGCAGAACCGCAACACACCACCAUGGUCCUGCUGUGAGGGAGCUCCUGUUCACUCACUCCACCUGCUGGAUACACCCCACGCUGAGAAGACAACUCUCGUUGCUUCCUGUUCGCGGGUAGUAUAUCAGUGGUCGCUGAGUGGGGCGUCAGAGCCGACAUUGCUACGAAAGUUUGCUGUUGACGGUACCAUCGUGUCGCUGGAGGGCUCGCGCGAUUCAUUUGCAGUGUUCAAUGACAAACGGAAGUUAGCGGUGGUUCGGAUCCAGUCUCCGAAGGAAUUUACGUGCACACGGUAUACUCUACCGUGGCAGGUGCGCCGGCGUGGGACUUGCUUCAACUGCGUAGGCGGAGAGUCUUAUAUAAUGGCUGACAAUGACGAUCGUUUGACAGUCAUGCAGCUUAAGGCCAAUGCUUCCAGUGGCGCUGGCAAGCGGGAAAGUCCCUUGAACACACGUAGGAGUCCUGCUGGAGCAGCGAAGCCGGCAAGUAAUGUGUUGGCCCCCACCACUGGCACAAAGAUAAAGUCGAACUCGUCCACUCAACCGACUGGUAGUAUUAUCGCUAACCUGGUUAAUCGCCUUGGGAUAUGCAGUGUUGGAAUGGCACCCCCAGCAUCGUCUAACACAUCCUCACCAGCAACCGCAACGGCAACAGGAAGUGCACCCGAUGUAACUUCUGCUUCAGCGAAUGCUACGCAGCGUGGAGCUUUGCAUGGUUACAGCAACCAACCCGUAACGGCGGGUCUUGGUAGCGGCAGUAGUGCGGGCGCAUCCAAAGUAUUCACACCGGCCUUGUCGAAAUCGUUAGCGGCUUCUGCCGGCCGCGGUCACGGUAGUUCUUCCAUCAGUCCCGCAAGCGCCCAGCUGUCGGCCGCUGUCAAUGCCAAUAACCUCACGCACUCUUCACGGCCAGCGCUUCACAACGCCUCUUUGCCACAGGCUCCAACUGAUGGCGUGCUCGCAACUGUUUUGCAGCAAACUGAAGAUGAGGUGCACCAGGAAUUGGAGCGACUUGAUUCCGUCAUGAAAAACACACUGCAAGUACUUCAGUUGACUCCCGACACCAUCCACCGGGCACAUGAACAGUUGUUAAGCUUAAGCCUUGAAGCGCAGAUGACAGAGCUACAGCAACAGCAAGAACGGCAGAAAAAUGCAUCCUUGUCCAACUCUGCAGGGUUUACUCCCUUCGAGACUUGUGUGCUUUUAUCUAUUCUUGAUCCACUUUCACAAAGCAUCGCGAACGGAUUAACCCGUGGUGUUGAGGAUGCUAUGAUGGCCAAUCUUGAACAUGGAGUGCGGCACGCUUUGGUAAACCGUGCGCGGACUACACAGAAGAGUGCAAUGAAGGCACGCCUUGAUGAAGUACUGAAGGAGAGUUCCUCACAGUUUCUUGCGCAGGUAGAACAGACUGUGCGUAACGUUGUGGAAAAUGAGCUUGCGGAAGUGUUUGGAGAUAUUAAUGGUUUACUGACGGCGCUAGAGAAUGAUAACGUUCGACUUCAGCGGGAAUUGGAGGCGAUUAUGGCCUCGGAUGUUAUCACCGAAAUGAAGAAAACUCGAGAAGAACUUGAGUCGUUGCGCGAGGCAGUGACGAACCAACAGUUGGCCAUUGGAACGGGGUCACAGCUAGUGAGUCGUCCCUCUCCCGAGACCGUGUUAUCAACAACAACUGAAUUAAUACAACAGCAACAAUAUCGCCAAGGAUUGGAGUACAUUAUUAUGGCGGAACAACCUCAACUGGUUCUUCAGCUCUUCGUUGCCCUGAAAAAGAAAACUGAGAAUGUAUAUUCGGCACUGAUUGAGGAUCCCGCAACCCCUAAUGACGUAUGGCUUCGUGUUAUUGUGCAAAUUACCGGCGCGGCGACGUCUGAGAAGGAUAUUGAUGCGGUUGUGGGUGUUCUCAUCGACAUCCUUUCGGAGAGGGAACAGCUGCUGCAAAAGACGGGCCCGACCGCAAAACUAACUGAAAGUUUGCAUUCGUUCGUAACUGUGGGGAAAUCUGGGAGAAAGUGCUCCGCGGGGCUGCGAAACUUCAAGAACUUGGAGAAGUUACUGCCAUAG